GACAAAUGUCAACGAGCUAAAAAGAAACACCAAAAAAAUACAAAAAAAAAAUAUAAUCCAAAACUAAACAACAAAAAAAGUUUUCUUUUAAUUUGUUUAAAAGAAUAUUGUAGUUCUUUUUAUUUAUUUAUUAACAAAAUGCUUUGCAUUUUGUGUGUUUGUGGUCGCGAACAAACAAUCGACAUAUUCAGUGAAGAAGGUUUAACAUUAAAUGUAUGCAGUAUAAUUACUAAACAUUUUUGGAUUCAGCCUAAUAAAGAUGACAAAAAUUCAAGACUCAUUUGUACAUCCUGUUGGGAUGCAUUGGAUGCAUUUCAUAAAUUCUUUGAACAAGUUGAAGCUGCACAUUUGGCAUUGAUUGUUGUUGAAGAUGUUAAAGAAGAGCUUAAAGAAGACUUUGAAACCAGUUUACCAUCAAACACCGAAAACGUCUUAAACAUCGACUUAAAAUCUAACAUUGACAACAGCACCCACGUUAAACAAGAUUCAACUAAUUUACAAAAAACAGAAGACUCUGACUCUGAGCUCCCAUUGUCUGUUUUAAAGAAAACUUGCAAAACAAAUCCUAAUACCACAUCGAGCAAUGAUGAUCAGGAAUCAUCUGCUGAAUGGCAAGAUCCACAAUCAGAUGGUGACAAUAAUAAUGAUGAGGAUGGUGAUUUCCAAAAUGACGAUGAUGAUGAUGACGAUGAAGAUGAUGAUGAUGAAGAAGAUGAAAAGGAAAAACCAAAAGCUAAAAAAAUCAAAACAGAAACCAUUCCAAAAGAAGAACAAUUGACAAAAUCUGGAAAGAAACGAGGUCGUCCACUUAAAGGAACUCCCAGAAAAACUACAUCCCCCAAACAAGUUUCCGAAGAAGUUGUUAAAAGAAAACAACUAUCACAAGAGUAUGAUAAAAUCAUUCAGGAGCACAUGAAGCUAUCGUGUAGUAUUUGUCUUACGAUUCUGCCAAACUUUUCCUGUCUUCGGAAACACUAUCGCACUCAGCACAACAAACGAGGCUAUGCUUCUUGCUGUGACAAGAAAUUCCACAGCAAAAGUAUUCUAGUUGAUCAUAUCCAUACUCAUUUGGAUCCGGAGCGUUUCAAGUGUGAGAAAUGCAGCAAGGUUCUAGCUGAUCGCCGAUGCUUGGAGGUUCACAUGGAUAUGCACAUUGAGGACAAUCAACGGACCUAUCAGUGUGAUCAGUGUAAUAAGAGUUUCACCAAGGAGAUACUCCUCCAACGACACAUGCAUAUUCACAUACCCGAGGAGGAGCGAAAGUUCCCGUGUGAGGAGUGCAAUAAGCUUUUCUCAUCGAGUUAUACUCUAAAAGCGCAUAUAAACAAUGUCCACCAGAAUACUUAUGGAAAAAUCUGCGAUCAAUGUGGCAAGUGUAUACGUGGUCGGGAAGCAUUCCAAAGGCAUUUGCUGGAACACGCUGGUAUUCCCACACCUGGGGAACAAUGUGAUAAGUGUGGAGCGAAACUGAAAAACAAGUACUGUCUCAAAAGACACAUUAGUGCUAAACAUGCGGAUUUGAAUGUUCCACAUGUUUGCAUUAUUUGUGGUAAAACAGCACCUAAUGAGCCUGCAUUGCAGAGGCAUUACUAUUAUGUUCAUCGAUGUCAACGUAAUCACAAAUGUCCAAUGUGUGAAAAAGCCUUUAAAAAAGCCAGUGGAUUGAGAGAACACAUGACAACACAUACUGGAGAGAUACUCUACACAUGUCCAUAUUGCCCGAAGACAUUCAACUCAAAUGCUAAUAUGCAUUCCCAUCGUAAAAAAAUGCAUCGCAAAGAAUGGGAAGAGACACGUCUUGCAGCCGCUCAAAAUAAUUAAUUUAUAAAAAGAAAUACUUAAUGAAAAGGAAUGGGAAUUGGGUCUCCGUUUUUUAAUUAUCAAAAUGCUUUUUCUUUUUUACCGUUGUCAAAUUAGACUGAUUUUAAUUUAUACCUACUACUUAAAGUAGCAACAUAAAAAUAAACUCCAAAGAUGGACAUAGAUAAACACUAUUUUAAAAGUGCACUAUUUAAUAUGUCCAGAAGGAGUUUAAAACCAAAUUCAAUACAUAUUUUUUUUUAUAUUUUAUCCGUUUUUUUUUAGAUAUCCCAGUCCUGUCUUGUCCUUAAUGAAUGUACAUAUUUAUUUAGAUAAU